AUGCAAUGGGAUGAAAACCUGGAUACCAAUGACAGAGCUAGUGCGACCUUUUUGGUGAUGUACAACGUGCUCAUCAUCCUGAUAGGUGUGCCAGGCAACAGUCUCAUACUUACGGUGUACUGGGGAAAAUCCCACAAGUGUAGCACCCACAUCUUGAUCAUGGCACUUGCCGUGGCUGACCUCAUCAUCUGCUUGCUCCGAAUCUGGGACGUCACGUGGAACUGUUCCGUUUUGGCGGGGGCCGACAUCCCCGACCUCAGGCUCCGCUUCAACUGUUUCGACUUCACGAUGGUCGGCACCUCGAUCUGGGUGACCGCUGUGAUUGCCUUGGAUCGCUACGACUGCGUGUGCCGACCCAGCCGGCGCCGCAUGAGUGACGUCCGUGCAAAGAAAGCCGUGGUGGUAGGCUUCGCCAUUUCAACGAUAGUGAACACACCGCUCUACAUAAAAGUAGCUUUGGAGGACGAAGGCUCAGUUGCUCUUGAUAUGGUCAUGUAUGUUUUACAAAUCACUUCCUUCAUCCUUCCAAUUUUAAUAAUGUCUGUUUGUUACACUUUGGUAUUUCUUACGAUAAGGAAACACGUCAAAGGUAGAGUGGUACACCCCAGUGACGACGAGGUAAUAAAUGUCCACGAAAACUGUUCAACCAGAUCGCAGAAGUCCUUGUGCGUGUCUGGACAAGUACGUGUCUCCAUUCGACCAUCUCCGGGUCCCUUCCCUGAACUGUUCCAACAGCCAAGAUCUCCAUUCAGCCAUGUCCCUAAAGAGACAACGUCAGAUAAAACGAGACGCAGAGAAAAUCUACGGCAGAAGAUUGGGCACAAGCAGUUCGUAGCCAGCUUGUAUCCUGAAGGUGGGGCGACCAGUUCGGCGACAUUACCUCGAAGACUCGGCUGCCGGCGCAGCCAGUCCCCAUCACCAGCUCUGCAGCGUCGGACAACCCUGAUGCUCUUCAUCACUAGUGUCGUAUUUGUGUUGUGCUGGAUGCCGUUCUGGAUCAAGGUCCUCUAUGAGAUCUUUGGAAAUGCUUCGGUCUUUCUGAACACCUUCAUGGAAACUCUGUACCUGAACAAUGUCAUUAAUCCCUUCAUUUAUGGACUAGCUAAUAGACGAUUUCGGAAAGACUGUAAAGAUGUGUUCCGAAGGAUGCGAAAAUGUUAAAGAUCAUUCAUUGUGGCAGCAAAAAGUCCAUUUUUUUCCUGAUCCGUACUGUAAAAACACUCAAUGGCAAAUGUGAGUACUGUGCUGCGUACCUGUGAAUUUUAUCGUUACAAUUUAUUAGCUCGUACUCCACAACCAGAAAACAUGGGAACGGCGAAAAUCAUCAAGUCUUUAAACUGCCGCGACUGAUUAGUGAUACGAAUAGCCCAUAGAAACAUGGAAGGGCUGUGUAGUACCGUGAUCAGAAUAUCGACGAGAGUAUAAUAUCAAAUCAGUGCUCUGAAAUAUGUGGUUGCCGAGCUUUUG